CUGAACAGCGGCAAAUUGGAAUAAUGAUUGCAUUUAUUUGGCUGCUUGCACUGCUGGCAACCAAAGGCAGCACUCAACAUCUGUACAACGAUCAGUUCAACGAGCAGCUGAUCACCUAUUUGCACGUGGACAUUCCCCACGUGCAAGACUCUUUGUUGAGGCUGCAGGUGCUCUACUCGCAGAAUCACAUACACAUCUAUUGUCGUCGCAAUCAGGAGCUGCGGCUGGGCAACAUCUUCCAGAGCAAUCGACAGCAACUACAGCUGAUGCCAUACACGUCCAAUGUGGACUACAGGCAGUACAGGGCUGCAACGGCACAUGGUGUGCAUCGGGCGCAUAGCGAGAAUCGUGAGAGGCUCGAGGAUAAACUGCUGGCGCGCAGUGGACAGCGGCUGCACCAUAUUACAAUGCCCUCGCAUGACCACGCCUGCUAUGGCAUCUACACGGACCAGGCCUAUAAUAUUACGUUGCUUCAGGUGAGAUGCGACAAGAUGCGCGUGGCACGCUUCCUUGCUGGCCUGGUGCUCUGGGCAACAACAACAACGACUGGGAUGUAGGGCGAUUGCUUGAUCUGUAGCUACUUCAUGGCCAUGGUGCUGGGCAUCCAUUUGAUCGGUCAGACAAUUGUGUUCGUCGCUCUGCAAAGCUGCCGACCGUCGUGGGUCAACUUUAUGUUGGUCUUGCAACAGUAUCCAACAAGUGUGGCUCUUGCUGCGGUUGCCGGCGCUUGGCUGCUAACGAAGGUGUGCCAACGUCUUCGCGGAUUGUGGCAUCAUCGUUGGGUGCGACUCAUGGACCGCCACCUGCCCCAAUUGCUCUCCUAUAUGCUGCUGUUGAGCGCCUCGAAUCAUUCACGUUGUGGCUGGUACUGCAUAGGGUUGCUGCUGCCCUGGCGCAUUUUGGGCGAUCUUUGGCACAGAUUUCGAGCUCAGUCUGACAGCUCCGAGGCGUUGACUGAGUUGCGUUCGCUUCACCAAUUUGCAAAGCGUCGCAGCAGCGACGACCACUGUGCGGAGCUGGUGCAGAUGCCAGCUACCAACAGACAGUAUAUUGAAAUAACGGACGAUGAGGAUGAAGAUGCAGAUGCAGUACCCACUCGUCUGAAUCGCUCUGAUCGGAAUCUGUAUUCCAAUCGCAGCCUGCAGCAAUUGCCACGCAGCAUCUAAAUGCAUUUGUUAAUUGAAAUAUAAAGCGCUUUAAUGGGAGUUCUCUGCACUCCUCCACACAGCACUCAAAAGAAAAAAAAUAAAAAAAUGGAAUUUGCCUGGCAUUUUGGCAACACCAAUAUCGAAGCAAACUGACUUUUGCCACUGGGUAAAGAAGGGGCAGACAGGUGUGGUAGAGAGAGAGUGCGUUGCACGCAUAGAGAAAUACGGAAACAUGCUCACAAACCAAAAAUCUAUUUGCCGAACUCACCAAAGAGCGAUGCUAUAUGUUUUCAAGUUUUCACAUAACUGGCAAAAACCUACAAAUACGCAUUUCACAUACAUACAUUAUAAAAACAUUUAAACACAAGA